UUUCUAUGUCUUCUUCUUUUUCGCUCGAUCUGUUCACAUCGCAGUUUCAUUAAAAACGAGAUUGAGGAAAUUGAUUGUUUUUUCUACAAAGAAAUUGUUCAAAAUGGAGAUAUUAAAUGUGUUGGAUUAUCGCAGUGUUUGCAUAUGGGUUUGGUAAACGAUACGGCGUUUUAAUUGCCAAAAUUCAAUGUGCAGCCAAAAUACUGGAAAGGGUGCUUCGCUGGAAUGGGUGCUCCUUUGGGAAAUUGUAUAAAAAGUGGCCCACCCAUACAUACAUCGUUUCUGUAAAGGAACCGAAGAAAAAUAAAAUAGAAAGAUGGUGGGUGCUGGACUGCCAGGUGGGCGACUUCGGGGCCUGGAGCGAGUGUGACAAGAGCUGCGGCACUGGGAUGAUGACCCGCAACCGCCAGAUCUUGCAGGCGGCCCAAAACGGGGGCAAACACUGCCCCACUUUGCAGCAAAAACGCAGCUGCCAAGGAUACCGCUGCCACGGACAUCACGACAAAAAGAUAUUGCGCGAAAUGGCCCUGCUCCUGCCAGCUGCACUUUCACACAAUCGACAUGUGAAUGAUAGUGGCGACAGCCGGCGAAAUCUGCGCACGCGCUACCGCAACUCCUACAAGCACAGCCAUGAUCAUGAAUACUGUGUGGAAUUCGAAGUAAUCAAAGCCUCCAAGGCCUGCCACAAGCUACCGCCAUAUAAUUUGAUGUUGGAAGGCGAUCGCAUCACGGUGCGCUGUGACCUGGAGGCGUUGAUCCAGGACUCCACCGGCGGCUCAACCACCGCCCGGACACCCCAAGGCCCCGCCGCGCCGCCCACAACCACCACAUCCGUGUCCGGCCAGCGGGCAGCGAACGACCUUGAGGAGGAGCGACAGCAGCAACAGCAGCAGCAUAAGGAGAACAGCAGUGGCAGCGAGGAGGAACUGGAGCCAGAGGCGGAGGCGGAAGAGGAGGAGGAGGAGCAGGAGCAGGAGCAAGAGGAGCAGGACGACCUGCAGAACGCCCUGGACACCAUGGACAGCAAUGAGAGUGCCGAGAGUUACCGCCACCAGCGGCAGUCGCAGUCGCAGUCGCAGAUGCCCCAUUAUCGAAGAAGUGCGGGAAAGCGCAGCGUAGUGCCGGCCACGCCCCCACCCACGCUGGCGCCCACCUACCACUGCCGGGGGGAGGGGCUGGCCGGGCGUACGACACGCUGGAGCGCGCUGCCGGCGCCGUCGUGCCGCGGCAAGUGGCUCCGCCUGACCGUCGGACCGCCCAAGAAGUGCGGCGGCCACGCCCAGUUCACCUUUGUCUAAGGCGCUGCAUCAUCCGGAGAUCGUUUUUUUUUUUCCGUGUAGGUUAUGGUGUACGGCUACCCCGCCCCGCCCAGCCCCUCCCCCCUCCAUCAUAUCAUAUCAUAUCACCCGCCACCACGCCCCCUCAACCGAACGCCCCCUUCACUUCCGGCCCAGACACAAGUACCCCAUCGUAUGUAAGCGUUUAAACAUUAAGCCAGUGGAUUAAGAAGAUCAUAUAGCAUAUGUGUGUGAGGUCAGUGUUUUUUUUUUUUUUGUCUCUCUAGGGAAGCGAUCCGGAAGAUAUAGUCGCACUGCCAGUGAGAUAUAUACAUGGAAUAUUGGGGAUUGACAUGCCAAAAGGCUAAGAACAGACCGCAAUGAGAUAUGAUAUAUGAGAAUUACAAAAAAUUUACAAUUUAUAUAAGUUAAAUCAAGUUUAAUGUAUUAAUUGAUUUUGAUAAAUUUGCACCAAUGGUUUUUAAAAGCACAGCAAGGAAAUAUUAGAGGAUAACCUCAAUUCGCAGUAGAAAAUAUGGCGUGCAUUUAAAAAAGAAAAUUUAAGAGGUACCGGAAAUUGGAAGGAUAAACACAAGUUGCUGGAAGUCACAAACUAUUUUCUUUAGAUUUUAAAAACAAUAUUAAGGCAACAAAAACGGUACCGGAAUACAUAGGUGCAUUUUAACCAACUUAAAUGUUGUUUCAAAAACUCUUAACACUUCUGGAUCACAUUAAGCUUUUUAAACUUUUCCUUAUAUGUAACUUCCACUUUGUAUUAAAAUGGAGAUUGUUUUAUUUUUUUGGUGUUUUUUUGUUUAACGAAAAUGGCUUUUUAAACUCAUUUAAAUAUUUUUUGUAAUUUUCAAUAAUUUAUAACUUAUUUGUCAUUUUCAAAACUUAAGAAUAUAUACGAAUAUCAAAGCAGUGAGUUGCAGCUUUGUAACGCAUAUAUCCGCCAAAUUUCCAUAUUAUACACUUGAACCACGGCUGCUGUGGACUUUCUUCGGAGAGCUUUUCUCUAAGUAGUUUAGGAAACCCCCUCGUUUAAGCAUUAGGGUCUCUGGCCCAACCAACAACUGGAAAUACGCUGGGGGUCCAUGAAGCGCUCAUCUUGGAUCGGAUAAUACUAGAAACUAGAGACUAAGUCAUCAAAUACCGCAUAACAUCGUCGUCAGCGAAUACGGAGUCGGGCUGCGUAGUGACAGAACCUAUAUAUAUGGAUGUGCAUGAGUGUAUCUAAUCGUAUCUAAUCGUUGGUUUCCCGACUUGCCACUGCAAAUUGCCACAUAACUACACUCUGUGUGUAGUGCAAGUGGUUGAGGCCAUGAAGUCAGAUCCCCGACUGGCGGACAACCAUCUGGAGUCGGAAUUAACGUUUGGAACUUAGCAUUAAUCUGGACUUUAGGUACACACGAAUGUCGAAAGUAAUUAAUAAAAUUAUAUUUAAACAAAUAAUGAAAUCAUUCAAUAAAGAACGAGUAUAAUUUUAAAGUAAACCAUUCGACUUUUAUGUUCCGGAGUUUUUACAAUUUUCCAAUCGUGGUUUUCCCACAACUAGUUUGGCGAGAGUUGCAGGCACAUUGUGUUGAAAGAA